CUCUGUACCAGCACCAGAGGAUCCGCCACCAUCUCGUUUUGGCCCAGUCCCCUACCUCCAGUUGCUCUAAUCCGGCUCGUCCCAUCUGUCCAGAACGAGCCUCUGCUCGUGUGUUUCCCGUCCACAAUUGCAUAUGCCCACUCCAUCAUACCAGGGAGGUCUUUCUGACACCGAGAUAAUUCUUGUGACUGGCGUAACCUGCCUGUGUCUCUACAUCGUACUUUCUAUCCUUCUUCCCCGCUCGACCAUCCCGCUACUCGUGGUAGUAUUUUUUGGUUCCAACAUGGCGUCUCGUACCAACACCUUCCGAUCACUCAUCCCCAAGGUAUCCAAGCUCUUCGAUCAGGUGACAGGAACCACCCUUGCCACCUCUCUCCCCAAACUGAACGGAGUAGGGUACGAGAACUUUGCCAGAUUGAGUGAAAACGCCCAGAUCGAGUUGUUACAGGCGGUAAAGUCGUUACAGAACUACGCUGAAAGCGCCAAAUCCACCAAUGAAAGACGCAAACGGUUGUUCCGGAUGAUGAGCUGGAGACAGCAAAAGAUUUGCGAGGAUGUGGGAUACUUGAAGAAGCUCAAGCGCAUCGACCAGUACAUCCAAAGCAACCAGAAAUUCUUGAAUGGCAUAGCCGACCACGCUGUGCGGUCCUACGGGCUCUCGUUCCAUGACUUCGCAAUGUUGAAGUCGGCCUCGAGCACGAACCAAACCUCCACCUCCAACUAUAGAGUGAUAGAAUCGUUGAGCCACUACAUCCGUGAUUGGAGCGUCCAGGGUGACCAGGAAACGAAGCCCAUGAUGGACUACAUCAUCGCGAAUUUGAACACUGUCAUUCCUGCCAGUGAAAGACACAAGACGUGUGUCAUCGUGCCUGGCUCUGGUUUGGGCAAAAUUGCCCACGCCAUUGCCACAAUGGGAGAUGGUUCCGACAGUUUUGGCUCUGUCCAUGCCGUUGAAUACUCGGGCCUCAUGCAUUUGUGCAACAAAUUUGUCUAUUCUGGUUCCACGGAGCUUGUUGCUUCCUCGCCCGGCUCCUAUGACAUUUAUCCUGGAAUUCACACUUGCUCCAAUUACUAUACCACGGAUUCUCAGUUCCGAUCCACAAAAUUAGAACCAUUCAAGAAUCAGCCUUCCAAUUUAAGCAUACAUCUUGAUGACUUUAGAUACUUCGAGGCUCCAGACUUAAAAAAUUGGGAUAACGUAGUAGUCGUCACUGCGUUUUUUGUCGAUACAGCAGAGAAUUUAAUAGACUACUUCGACAAAAUCCUGGCCUUGACAACCCCCAACAAAAGAUCAAAUAGCAUCAAAAAUGGCUACUGGAUCAACGUUGGACCCUUAAAGUAUGGGACGGCUGCACAAGCGGAAUUGAACGCUGAUGAAAUCAAGCAUGUCAGAAAGGCCAUGGGUUGGAAGGACAAAAGCUCCGUGAAUUCACUUACAGACCCCAAUGCUUAUACUACCGACGGCUUGGUUGGUUAUGUCACUGAUAAGGAGAGCAUGUGGCAAGGCUACUACGGGUUGAGUAUGUGGGCCUCGGAGAGAAAGGAAAAUGACAGAAAGUAGUGCAUAGACCUGGAUCAAGUGUCCUAGAAACGGUGAAAAACAGUGCAAAGUGUAAAUUCCUUGUCAUGACCAUAGUUCUACUGUGGAUUGCAUCGGCCAAUUCAUUUUAGGAUUAGGAUUAUUUGUAUUUAGUAAUAUCCAUAUUUUAAUGAUUGUCAUCAUAUAUAUAGCAUAAUAAGUACCGAAAUAGAUAGCAUAAUAA